UAAAAUGGAACCUCUUAAUCUGGAAAGUUCCACAUUUUUCUGGUCCCUUAAGACAUGUUCGAGACACAUCCUUUCCUUUUUCUUCUUUUUUCCUCAUUCCCCAUCAAUCAUACACAAUCAUCUCACUCCCCAUAUCUCACAUACCCAACAACAUCCGCAACAACAACACACAAUAAUACUAGUACAAACCCACCAGCCAUAUCACAAAUCGUUUGUAGAACCUUAAAGUUUUAGCAGAAAAUACAAAGAGUAAGAAAGUAUACAAAUUCAGUAUGGGUGUUGAUUAUUACAAGAUAUUGCAGGUUGAUAAGAAUGCUAAAGAUGAUGAUUUAAAGAAAGCUUAUAGAAAGCUCGCGAUGAAAUGGCACCCUGAUAAGAACCCAAAUAACAAGAAAGAAGCUGAAGCCAAAUUCAAGCAGAUUUCUGAGGCCUAUGAGGUUCUAAGUGAUCCUCAAAAGAGAGCAAUCUAUGAUCAAUAUGGAGAAGAAGGGCUGAAAGGCCAGGUGCCACCACCUGACGCUGGUGGUCCUGGAGGAGCUACUUUCUUCUCAACUGGGGAUGGCCCAACAACAUUUAGAUUCAAUCCCAGAAAUGCCAAUGAUAUUUUUGCUGAAUUCUUUGGCUUUUCAAGCCCAUUUGGAGGAAUGGGAGGUGGUAGUGGCAUGAGGGGUGGUUCAGCAAGGUCAUUCGGUGGAAUGUUCGGCGAUGAUAUUUUCAGUUCUUUCGGUGAUGGGCGACCGAUGAGCUCUGCUCCUAGAAAAGCCCCUGCAAUUGAGAAUACAUUGCCGUGUACACUUGAGGAGCUUUAUAGAGGGACUACUAAAAAAAUGAAGAUUUCAAGGGAAAUUGCGGAUGCUAGCGGGAAGACGUUGCCAGUGGAGGAGAUAUUGACCAUUGAUAUAAAGCCAGGCUGGAAAAAGGGAACAAAAAUCACCUUCCCAGAGAAAGGCAACGAGCAACCAAAUGUCAUCCCUGCAGAUCUCGUCUUCAUAAUAGAUGAGAAACCGCACAGCACAUUCACAAGGGAAGGCAAUGACCUGGUUCUGACGAAGAAGAUAUCACUUGCAGAAGCUCUAACAGGCUAUACUGUGAGUCUUACAAGUCUAGAUGGUAGAAGCCUGACCAUCCCAAUCAACAGUGUGAUCCAUCCAGACUACGAGGAAGUAAUUCCGAAGGAAGGCAUGCCUAUACCAAAAGAUCCUUCAAAGAAGGGUAAUCUGAGAAUUAAAUUUAACAUAAAGUUCCCCACAAGGUUAACUGCUGAGCAGAGGUCAGGAAUCAAGAAACUAUUGGCACCAUAGAUUGGAUUAUGGCUAUCCCAAUCUCUUGUGAAUACUUUUCAUUGUGUUGAGAUGGUGGUUUUGCAAUAGUUUGUGUUGUAUGGCGUAACUAUACAUUUAAAUCAGUUGAAUAAAAUUAUUUAGCAAAUUCUGUUUAUCAAAAUGUGAAGUGGAAUUUCAACCUGAUUGAGCCAUUGCGUCCUGGUAAAUAAAAAUAAAGGAUUUUUAAAUUUUUA